AUGGCCGCCGCCGCCCGCUGAGGGCCCGGCCCGGCCCGGCCCGGCCCCGCCGGUCACGAUGUCCUCGCGGUCGGCGCUGGCGGCGGGGAACGAGCGGAACCCGGACGCGCUCGGCAGCAGCCGCUCGGAGAAGGGCUCGGGCUGGUCCAGCCGCUCGCUCGGCGCCCGCUGCCGCAAUUCCAUCGCGGCGUGCCCGGAGGAGCAGCCCCACGUCGGGAAUUACCGGCUCCUCCGCACCAUCGGCAAGGGCAACUUCGCCAAAGUGAAGCUGGCACGGCACAUCCUGACCGGCAGGGAGGUGGCCAUUAAAAUCAUCGACAAGACCCAGCUGAACCCCACCAGCCUGCAGAAGCUCUUUCGGGAAGUUCGUAUCAUGAAGGGGCUGAACCACCCCAACAUUGUGAAGCUGUUUGAGGUCAUUGAGACAGAGAAGACGCUGUACCUGGUGAUGGAAUAUGCCAGCGCUGGUGAAGUGUUUGACUACCUCGUGUCCCAUGGGAGGAUGAAGGAGAAGGAGGCGAGAGCCAAGUUCAGACAGAUCGUCUCAGCCGUGCACUACUGCCACCAGAAGAACAUUGUCCACAGGGACCUGAAGGCUGAGAACCUGCUGCUGGACGCCGAGGCCAACAUCAAGAUCGCGGACUUUGGCUUCAGCAACGAGUUCCGGCUGGGCUCCAAGCUGGACACGUUCUGUGGCUCCCCCCCGUACGCGGCCCCCGAGCUCUUCCAGGGCAAGAAGUACGACGGCCCCGAGGUGGACAUCUGGAGCCUGGGCGUCAUCCUCUACACCCUGGUCAGCGGGUCCCUUCCCUUCGACGGCCACAACCUCAAGGAGUUGCGGGAGCGGGUGCUGCGGGGCAAGUACCGCGUCCCCUUCUACAUGUCCACGGACUGCGAGAACAUCCUGCGCCGGUUCCUGGUGCUGAACCCCGCCAAGCGCUGCACCCUCGAGCAAAUCAUGAAGGACAAAUGGAUCAACAUCGGCUAUGAGGGGGACGAGCUGAAGCCCUACAAGGAGCCCGAGGAGGACUUCGGGGACACCAAGCGCAUCGAGGUUAUGGUGGGCAUGGGCUACACGCGGGAGGAGAUCAAGGACUCCCUCAGCACCCAGAAGUACAACGAGGUGACGGCCACCUACCUCCUGCUGGGCAGGAAAAGCGAGGUGGAGGCGGGGGACACCCGCACCGGCAGCACCUUGUCCUUAGCCCGGGUGCGGGCACCCAACGACGUGGCCAAUGGCAAGAGCGGGGCCGGGCACGGCAAGAGCCAGCGCGGCGCCGGCACCUACCACCGGCAGCGGCGGCACAGCGACUUCUGUGGCCCCUCACCAGUGCCGCUGCCCCCCAAGCGCAGCCCCCCUGGCGCAGCGGAGCCAGAGCUGCGGGACGAGCGGGGGGGGCGCAAGGCCAGCAGUGGGGCCAUGGGUGGGGGGGGGCGCGGGGUCACCCCCCACCCCUCCAGCCCCAUGGUCAGCAGCGCCCACAACCCCAAUAAGGCCGAGAUCCCCGAACGGCACAAGGACGGCACUAGCAACGCCCCCAACGUGCCCUCGAGCGUGAUGGGGCGGCGCAACACCUACGUGUGCACAGAGCGCCCGGAGCGUGGCCCGCUGCUGCCCAACGGCAAAGAGAACAGGUAUGGCCCCCCCGUGUGA